AUGUCUGUCUUACAUAGAAAUUGUUGCUAGCAUGCGCUGUAAUUGAGUCCCUCAGGUGCAUCCUGAGGAUCUUGCGCGUUAAUGGUGGAGCCGCCUCCCACUCAUGAUGAUGCCACCCGACAUGACAGCCACUUACAUAAUUGGUCUCGAGCCGCCUAAUGAAUGCGUUAAUUAACUAGACGUGCUGCAUAUGUUCGCCGCAUGGUUACACUUGCUACUCAAAGAAAAUUAAGCACGUUCCAAAGUGCUCUCCAUACCUUACUCCAGCAACUGUUUGCAAACUGCAAGUACUACUUCCCACAUCCUCUCAAUAACUCGGUAGGUUUGGGGAAAAAGUUUGAAGUGACGGAAUCUCACUGUUUUGAUGUGUACAUUGUGGAUAAUGGAAGAUGGGAUUUUUUUUAUGUUACAGGAGCUACUGCAGCCCAGAAACCAUAUGGACCCCAGUCUGCACAGAUCUCAGGGACGGAUGAGAUGAAGAUAGGAGUCUCGUACAGUUUUGAGUGUUCUGCAGAAUGCUACCCACCCUGCACGUACACUUGGAAUGUGGAUGGACAGACAGUGCACGGAAGCGGGAUUGACUUUUCUGUUCCUGGAUAUACGCCGCCACAGGUCCUCAACUGUGUGGCUAAGAAUCCUGCAACAGGAGAGACUGCCGAUGUUAAGAAGACGGUGCAAGUGAAAGUGGUUAAAGAGGGGCCCACGUCUGUGGAGAUCACAGGGGUGGAUGUGAUGACAGUGGGGGUUAAAUACACUUUUGAGUGUUCUGCUGAUUGCUCCCCGCCCUGCACAUACACCUUUAAUGUGAACGGGCAGAUACUACAUGGAAACGAGCUGGACGUUGUUAUGCACGGACCUUCAGCGCCACAAGUCCUCGUUUGCGAGGCUAAGAAUCCCGCCACAGGGAAGACGGCCAGAGCUAAAAAGAUUGUGGACGUUACAGAGUCUGCUGAGAACACCACGAACAACAAACCAUAUGGGCCUCGGUCUUUAAAGAUCUCCGGGGCAGAUGUGGUCACAGAGGGAGUCAAGUCCACUUUCUUGUGCUCUGCUGAAUGCUACCCAUACUGCACGUACACCUGGAAUGUGAAUGGCCAGAUUCUCCAUGGCAAUGGGAUCGACUUCACUGCUGGAGGAUUUAUGCCACAAAUCCUCAACUGCGAGGCUACGAAUCCAACUACGGGAGAGACCGCCAGCAUUAACAAGACUGUGGGAGUUACAGAUCGUACUGUCAGUGAGAUGCCACCGACUGUUGCCACCAAGAGACCAUAUGGCCCUCAUUCUUUGGAGAUCACCGGGGCGGAUGUGAUAAAAAUAAGUGUCUCGAACCAUUUCACAUGUUCUGCAGAAUGUUACCCACCCUGCACAUACACUUGGAAUGUGGAUGGGAGCAUAGUUCAUGGAAGUCAGAUGGACCUUACUAUUCCUGGACCAGCGCCACCACAAGUUCUCUACUGCGAAGCUAAGAAUCCACUCACAGGAAAGACGGCCAACAUUACCAAACGUGUGCCAGUGUCAGACGCCAUAGAGGGGCCCACGUCUGUGGAGAUCACAGGGGUGGAUGUGAUAACAGUCGGAGUCCAUUAUACCUAUGAGUGUUCUGCAGAAUGCUCUCCAUCUUGCACAUACACAUGGACUGUGAAUGGGCAGCAGACACUACAUGGAUCAAUGGUCAUUGACGUUGUUAUGGAUGGACUUGCAGCGCCACAAGUCCUCAACUGCGAGGUCACCAAUAUAGCCUCAGGAAAGACUGUCAGCGUUACUAAGACAAUGCCAGUGGCAGAUGGACCCUCCAAUGUCACUAUCUCAGCCCCAGAAAAGUUAGUAAAUGGAGUUGAGUGUACAUUUGUGUGCUCUGCUAUUUGCGACCCCUCGUGUAGCUAUGAUUGGUUCAUUGAUCACAAAACGUGGAAAAAUGACAGCCGUGAACUACAAUACACACCACCAUCAGACACCAAAUCAGCAACUGUGAUUUGCAAGGCUCAAAACACCCUAUCUGGCCUUUUUGUGGAAUCCUCUGUCACUGUCUCAGUAGAAGGAGAAGAGACAGCUGGAGAGAAGCCCAAGAGCACCACCACCACCAAAGUACCAUAUGGGCCUCAGUCUGUAAAGAUCUCUGGUGCUGAUGCGAUCACAGUUGGAGUUUCGUACAAUUUCACAUGUUCUGCAAAAUGCUAUCCUCCCUGCACGUACACCAUGUCCAUCGAUGGGGCAACUGGACAUGGAGACUACAUCGGCAUCAGUAUUGGUGGCCCUGCUGCUCCCCAAUUCAUCGGCUGCGUGGCUAAGAAUCCAGCCACCGGAGUGUUCGCCAGCACGAGCAAGACAGUGCGCGUGGCAGACAUAAAUGUGGGACCCAUACAUGUGGAGAUUAAAGGGAUGGAUGUAGUGUCAGUGGGAGUCCCGUCCACCUUCGAUUGCUCAGCAGAAUGCUCCCCGGCCUGCACCUACACCUGGAAUGUGAAUGGGGAAACCGUGCAUAGAUAUUCUCAGAUCGACGUGGUUCUUCAUGAAGGCUCAACACCAUGGACUACACUACCCCUCAGCUGUGAGGUCAGGAAUCCAGCCACUGGGAAGACGGUCACCGUUAGCAAAACGGUGCCAGUAGCAGAGGGACCUUUGAAUGUCAGUAUUGCCGCACACAAAACGCUGGUGAAUGGAGAUGAGUAUACAUUUGUGUGCUCUGUGGCUUCCUGCCACCCUUCCUGUAUCUAUAGCUGGUUCAUUGGUGACCAAACAUGGGCAAACAUCACCAAUGAGCUGCAGUACACAGCACCAUCCAACACAAAAACCACUGUGACUUGCAAGGCACAAAACACCUUAUCUGGUAUUUAUGUGGAAUCCACGGUCACUUUUUCAUUGACCGGAGGUACCGCCAGUCAGGAGCUGGAGAGAAUGAACACCAACACACCAUAUGGUCCUCAGUUUUUGAAGAUCAUCGGGGAGGAUGUGCUUACAAUUGGACUCCCGUACAGUUUUGUGUGUGCUGCUGAAUGCUAUCCACCCUGCACAUACACCUGGAAUGUGAAUGGGAAAAUAAUUCCGGGAAGUGUGAUUGACUUCACGUUUUCUGGACAGUCUCUACCAGAAGUCCUCAACUGUGUGGCUAAGAAUCCGGCCUCUGGAAAGACAGCCAGUGUUAACAGAACUGUGCAAGCAUCAGACAUAAAAGAGGGGACCACAUCUGUGGAGAUCACAGGAGUAGAUGUGGUCACUGUAAAAGUCCCGACCAGUUUCGAGUGUUUUGCUAACUGCUCCCCAGCCUGCACAUACAGCUGGAGUGUUGAAGGGGAGAUAUCACACGGAAGCAGCCUUGACUUUGUUCUUCCCCAGCUGUUGCCACCACAGGAUCUAACCCAAAACCUAACCCUUACCCUCAACUGUGAAGCUAAGAACCCAGCCACAGGACAGACUGCCAGUGUUAGCAGGACAGUGCAAGUGGCAGAGGGACCGUUAAAUGUCAGUCUCACCGCACCUACAAAACUGGUGAUUGGAGCCGAGGCCACAUUUGUCUGCUCUGCUUUUUGUUACCCUUCCUGUACUUAUGAUUGGCUCAUUGAUGACCAAACCUGGAAAACUGGCGGCAGCGAACUACAGUUCACAACACCAGCUGACAUUGAAUCAGCUACUGUGAUUUGCAAGGCUCAAAACAUCCUAUCUGGCCUUAUUGCAGAAUCCGCUGUCACUGUUUGGGUGGAAGAGGGGCCUAAAUCUGUGAAGAUUGAAGGGGUGGAUGUGGUCACAGUGGGUGUACCAUACACUUUUGAGUGUUUAGCAUACUGCUCCCCUCCUUGCACAUUCACCUGGAAUGUGGCUGGAAAAACAGUGCAGGGAAACAAACUUGACUUUUAUCUUCGUGGACUUUCACCACCACAAGCUCUCAGCUGUGAGGCUAAGAAUCCAAUGACUGGAAAGACUGCCAGCUUUACCAAAAUUCUGCAAGUGGCAGAGGGACCUUUAAAUGUCAGUAUCACAGCACCUAAAAUGUUGGCGAAUGGAGUCGAGUCCACAUUUGUGUGCUCAGCUGUGUGCUACCCAUCCUGUAACUACAGCUGGUAUAUCGGUGACCAAACACGGACAAACUCCCGUAAACUACAUUACACGGCACCACCUGAGACCACAUUAGCAACUGUGAUUUGUAAAGCACAGAACACUUUAUCUGGCCUUUUUGUGGAAUCCAUCAGUAAUGUUUGGAUGGCACAGGGGCCUAAGGAUGUAACCAUUAAAGGACCAUCAUCUGUGAUAGUAGGGAACACAUUCUCCUACUAUUGCCUUGCUGACUGCGUUCCUGCAUGUAACAUCACAUGGCGUUUCGAAGGGAGAACCCUCACUGGGGAGUCAGUGUCUGUGCCCAUCCUCCAGGGAGGGGAGGCUGUGCUGGGCAACAGGCUGGUCAUCAGUGUGGAAGACUACAUUCAGACGGAGCUGCUGCAGUGUACUGCGGUCAACAUUCUCUCUGGCCAGUCUGAGACUGUCAUGAUGGCUAUCAAUGUGACUGAUCCAAUUGCAGUUCAGCCCAACACUGAAGCACAACCAAGAACAAACAGGUUGUAUUCACUGCAGUGUGCUGGAGCAGAGCAAGGAUCUUAUAUUCAGUGGACCAGAAAUGGGGAAGCAUUGUCUACAAGUGUCAGCGUCCAUCUUUCUGACGAUAAUGUUUUUCUUAUAUUUGAUCCACUCCAUCCAUUUGAUACAGGCGUGUAUCAGUGUAUUGUUACAGAGCAAGGAAAAGUCAUCCCUGGAAUCCCAUACGAGUUGAAUGUCAUUUAUGGGCCGGGAACUCCUGACAUAGCAUCUAUCUCUGGUGGAAAAAUAUUGAGACAGAAACCGAUUGAUGUCCUUCGCCUUCUCCCUGGAUCUUCAGCAACCUUACACUGCUCCUCUCAGUGCUACCCAGCAUGCACCUACGAGUGGACUUUGGGGGAUAAAGUUGUGUCCACAAAUGCCACAUUCUCGAUCAGGUCAGCAAGUGAGGCUGAUGUCGGUGUUCUCCUCUGUACAGCUUCUAAUCCAGACGUCCAUACUGUCCCUACAAGCUACACCAGUGCUAGCCUUUCCAUUGAGCUGAUUGAUGGCCCAAAGACGGUCACUAUCACUGGCCCAAGCUCAGUGCAAGUAGGUGUGACGGCCACGUUUGAGUGCUCAGCUGUCUGCACCACAUUCUGCUUCUACACAUGGGAGAUCUAUGGGAAAACACUACAUGGCAGUAAGGUGGAUCUCACUCUCAGUAAAUAUGCGGCAACUGAAACCAUUGUAUGCAAAGCGGAGAAUACUUUCACUGGAAAGAUCGCUACUGCAACUGCAACGAUUGACCUUACAGAUCCUGACUGGUGUGGUUGUUAAAUCCUGAUAUUUUUUCUAAAAUAAAUAUCUGGUCUAUCUAACAGUUCUUCCUUUAAGUUAGUGAUUGUUAAAAGAAUGCUCCCUGUAUUGCUUGGAAACCAUGACCCUUGAUGGAAAAAUACAAUAUAGACCCUUUCAUCAAUAAAAACAAAAACAAUGCUUGAACAUU